AUGGCUGACAAUGACAGGAGACAAUUUGGAGGACAGAAUCGCAAAAGACGCUAUAGAGGUACGAGGCUCGAAUUUGGAGCUAUCGGGAAGCUCCAAAGGCACUACGAUGAUGACCACUAUGACCGACGCCAGAGGAGGCGACACGAACCAGCGCAAGCACCAGCACCUGCGCCAGUACCGGUCCGAUUCAGAAAACAGCUCGUCGCCAUUGCCGAGUCGCCGUUGCGCCGAUGGGCCGACGAGGUGCUCUCCCUCGCACGAAUGAUGACCGAAAACUACGACGACGAGCAUCUGCGUAGCCUCUACGUCAACCUGGUCCUACAGAUGGCGCUGGAGCAGCCUCUAAAGACGCCCUUUGUGGCCGCGGUAGUGCUCGUCGCCAACGCGCUCAAGCCCGAGGCCAUGGAAAUUGUUCUUGAGCGCCUGGCCAAGGACCUGGAGAACGCCAUUGCUGCCGGCAAGUGGACCGAGGUGAAGCUGUAUCUCAAGUUUAUGGCCUGUCUGCAGGGGAGCCUGGAAGGUGAUGGAGUGUUUCCCCUUCUGGAGGAACUCUUCAACCGCGCGGCUGAUCUGCAGACAGCCAGCUCCGAAGAUACUAUUGGAACCGAGAUCGUCAAAAUUAUUCUCCUCACGAUUCCCUACGCCAUGGUUGCUGCGCCGGGCCAAUUCAAGCAAAAGGCCGCCGAGCUUAUGGACAAGACCGACAUCAUCGCCUCCGAGCCCCAUGCGCUGCAUGCGCUGGUCGACCCAUACUAUGGCAAGGGCAACGAAGACAGCUCGACUUCUUCUUCCAGCGUGCUGGUGCUUUUACAGAAGCAGCUGCAAGCUGAAGCUGCCAAGGAUUGGGAGCUGGCCUGCCUGCCUCGCCCAUGGCAGAUGCCGCUCUCGGAGGUGGAGACGCAGGACAAGCUGGCGAAUGCGCGCAAGCACGCGAUUCCGGCCAUCUCCAUCCCGGCCACCCUGGUUACCGGCCCCCGUGCCCUUUUCCCAGAGGUUUACAUGUCCGUCUACGCGGAGCAGGAUGGCCUCGAGUCUGUGCCCGGCACGCAGCACAUUGCCUCUUCUCUAAUCCGCGAUGUUCUCGUCGACACUAUCAACGGCCUCGACUUCAACCGAAACGCCACGGCGCGCUUCCUCAUGGACAUUGACUGCUACUUUGCCGACGCCACUUUUGUGAAGCGCGCGACACCGUUUGACGAGCUGCGCAGCCUCGCCAGCAACGGCCGCUCGACCUGGAAGCCCGAAGACGUCGCCGUCGACACUGUCUUUUCGCAGCUCUUCCAGCUGCCGACGCCCCACUGCAAGCUUGUUUACUACCACUCAGUGCUCACAGAAGCCUGCAAGCUGGCACCGGCUGCCAUUGCUCCUAGUCUAGGCAGAGCUAUUCGAUACCUGUACCGCAAUAAUCCGCGCAUGGAUCUUGAGCUGUCGUACCGUUGCGUCAAUUGGUUCUCACAUCACCUGAGCAACUUUGGCUUCACGUGGAAAUGGGCGGAGUGGUCAGACGAUGCCGCGCUGUCCGAUUUGCACCCGGCCAAGUGGUUCCUCAACGGUGCGCUGGACAAGGAGAUCCGGCUGAGCUUUGCGCAAAGAAUUCAAAAGACUCUUCCCGAACCUUACCGGCAUCUCAUUGGUCCUGAAAAAGAACAGGACGUGCCAGACUUCAAGUACAAGAGCUCAGACACCCCCUUCUCCGCCGAGGGCCAACAGAUUGGAGCCCUGCUGCGCCGCAAGGCCACUGACGAAGAGAUACAGCCCAUCAUUGACGCCAUCCAGACACAGGCCGCAGAGCGCGCCCUGGAUCCCGUCGUUGCCAGCACCGAUGUGUUCGUGACGGCCAUGUGCUGGGUCGGCUCCAAAUCGCUAAGCCACGUCCUCGCCUGUAUUGACCGAAGCAAGGUCCGGCUGAUCGACGCGGGUGUCGCGUCUCCGGCAGCCCACGCCCAAAUCAUCUCGUCCGUCAUGGCCUACUGGCACGCGCACCCCGGCAUAGCACUGUCCAUCAUCGAGAAGCUGCUCAACUACUCGAUCCUGACGCCCUUUUCCGUCGCUGACUGGGCGAUUCUGGCCGACAGUGCCUCGCACCAGGGCGCGCCAGGCGCGGCGCUGGCGCAGCCGCACAUUUACGAGGCCAUCUUCAACACCGUCUCCAAGGUGACGGCGCGUGUGCGGCAGGUUCUCGCGGCGCCGCCCGACAGCGAGCCCGAUCAACAGACGCGCGCCAAAGAGGUGGCCGACAUGACGGAGCUGUUCCGCACCAUCAACGACGCGCUCGAGUCGUGGGCCGCCGGCACAAAGGACGAGCUGAUGCAGGAUGAUGGUACGAGCGAGUCGGAGGAGGCGCUUAUUCGUCGGUGGGGCCAGCGCUGGCUGCGCGUGUUUCGACGUCGUGCGGCGGUGGAGGCGGCCUUUGUCGCCGAGGCGACCAAGGACCAUAUGGUGGUGGAUGGCGAGAAUGGCAUUGCGUAG